UUUGGAGACAGAGGGGGAGGUGGCAAACCUAAGUUUAAAUCAAUACCUCCUCCUUCCCUUCCCAUCUUGCCCCCAAUCUUUCCUUCCUCCAACUUCGCCAUCCCGGCUGGUCUCAGCCCCUCUGAGCUGCUCGACUCACCCGUCCUCCUUUCUUCUAAUAAUCAGAUGCUUUUUUCUCCAACCACUGGAACUUUUCCUUCCAAGGCAAUCAAUUGGAGAGGAAUCAGUUCUGGCAGCAAGGAUAUCGAUGUCAGGAAAGAAGAAAACAUGGCUUACUCUGAUUUCUCCUUUCAAACCCAAAAAAGUCCCUACAGUUUCCCACAGCAACUAGAUGUUUUCAAGGGAAGUCAACAAUCAUGGAACUACCAGGAAUCCACCAUCAAGGCGGAAAUUCCUGCUUCAAAUUCAUCCGAGAUGCAAACUCUGCAACUGAACACCCAAGUCAACGGUAACAACAACAUCAUAAGAGAUCAGAGGAAGUCAGACGACGGCUAUAACUGGAGAAAAUACGGGCAAAAGCAAGUAAAGGGGAGCGAGAAUCCUCGGAGUUAUUACAAGUGUACGUUUCCUAACUGCCCGACGAAGAAGAAGGUGGAAAGGAACAUCGAAGGAGAAAUAACGGAGAUCGUCUAUAAGGGAACUCACAGCCACCCUAAGCCUCAGUCCACUCGAAGGAACUCCUCCUCCUCUUCUUCUCAACAACAAAUUCAUUCUCUCGCCAUCGUCGCCGUUGGCUCAGAGGCGUCCGAGCACUCUCAUGGUGGGCGAUUGGGUGCAGCCAAUAUGGAUUCAGCUGCAACGCCGGACGACUCAUCUAUCUCUUUUGGUGAAGACGACAUGGAUUUGAGCUCUCAUAGGAGCAACCUCGGCGGUGAUGAGUUCGACGAAGAAGAACCAGAAGCCAAGCGAUGGAGGAAAGCGGGAGAGAACGACGGCGCGUCUGCCGGCGGAAACAAGGCGGUGAGAGAGCCGAGAGUUGUGGUGCAGACUACGAGCGAUAUUGAUAUACUUGACGACGGCUAUCGUUGGAGAAAGUACGGGCAGAAAGUGGUGAAGGGGAAUCCAAAUCCAAGGAGCUACUACAAAUGUACAACAAUGGGUUGCCCAGUGCGCAAGCACGUUGAGAGGGCGUCUCAUGACCUGAGAUCUGUAAUCACCACCUAUGAGGGGAAGCACACCCACGAUGUCCCGGCCGCACGUGGCAGCAGGCAGCCAGAAGAUAACAGCCACGGCACCACCACGGCGAUCAGGCCAUCAGCCAUCUCGGCCGCCCCAAUAAACUCUUUUUUUGGCCAAAGACCUAAUAGCAAUUUUCAGUCAUCUCAUGGAUCCUUUACUCUUAACAUGUUGUCUAACCAAGGGAACUAUGGCAGCAAUUACAUGAAUCAGCAGCAGCCUAAUACAAAGGAAGAGCCAAAGGAGGAUAUGUUCUUGGAGUCCCUGCUGUGCUGAAAAUGGUAUAAGGUUUCAAUGUAUUAUUUUAUGCAGUUUUUCUGAUUAGUAGGGCUAUAAUGUUUUUUUGUAGUAUUUCAAAAUAAAUUUUUUUUUUCUAUACCUUUUGUUUGAUGUAAAAAUGAUGUAUUGAAUUUAAGAAUUUGUUCAUUUGUUGGGGACUCUGCUCCUUGAUGUGUAAGAGCAUGUCUCUGAUUCGACACUUUUGUUGUAACUUGGAGAAUACAUACUGGAUUAGGAACAGGGUUUUCAUUCA